ACUGAAGGUACUGGGAGGAUACCGAGGGCACUGGGGUUACUGGGAGGCACUGGGAGCAGUGGGGGCUGAGCUUUGGGGGUGUCUCAGGGGCUCCCAACCAUCCCUGAGCUUUGGCUCAAGAUUCAGGCGUUGGGAGGAGGCCAGAGGCAGCCGUGGGGGCAGAAUUCCAGGCACAGAUUUUGGGAAUUAUUACAAAAUUACAAAAAUGUAAUCUUGGGAACACCCCAGACUUCCCUCCUCAGCCUGCCCUUGCUGGGCCCAGGGGACAAACCCCUGCUCCCUCCUUGUCCCCAAUGCCAGCUGUCACUGGGGAUGCGUUCCAGGCACCCUUGGAAUUUUAUUUGUUGGUUGUUUUAUCAGGAAUUAAUUCCAAGUUGGGAAUGGGGAGCCCUGGAGAAGAUCCUUGUCAGGACAAGAGGGAUGGGGGGAAGGACACGUCGGACUGCUCGGAGCAAGCCAAUGGACCUUCCCAAAUGGAAGCUCUUUCCUUGGAAUCUGCCAGCAGGGAAGCCUAUUUCAGCAGAGUGGAAACAUUCACCCCUCUGCGGUGGGCGGGCAAGCCGCCGGCGCUGUCGCCGCUGGUGUGCGCGCGCUUCGGCUGGGUCAGCGUGGAGUGCGACAUGCUGCGCUGCUCCAGCUGCCAGGCCUACCUGUGCAUGAGCCUGCAGCUCGCCUUCGACCUCAGCAGCUACAAAGAACGCUGUGAGGAGCUCAGGAAGGCCCUGAGCACUGCCCACGAGAAGUUCUGCUUCUGGCCAGACAGCCCCUGCCCAGAUCGCUUUGCCAGGCUGCUGGUGGACGAGCCCAGAGUCCUUCUCCAGGACUUCCUGGAUCGCUUCCAGAGCCUGUGUCAGCUGGAGCUGCAGCUGCCCUCCCUCAAACCAGAAGACCUGAAAAACAUGUCCCUGACAGAGGAAAGGAUCACUCGGCUCCUGCAGCUCAUUGGGGAGGAGCUGGAGCACAAAGGAACAGAGGGAGAGAAGCCUCCUGGGAAGUUUUCCACGGAAAUCCUGCAGGUGCAGGUUCCUGCCUGUAUCCUGGCACUGUGUGGCUGGACCUGCAGUGCUGCCUCGGGCUCCAUGAACCUCUCGGUGAUCACCUGCUCCCGCUGCAUGAGGAAGGUGGGGCUGUGGGGCUUCCACCAGCUGGAAUCUGCUGCAGCUCCAGAGCUGGAUUCCUGUGGCUCCAGCAGCACCACCCCGGCUGCUCCCGAGCGCUUCCCGCCCGUCCCCACGUCCCCACGCAGGAUGCUGACACGGAGCCAGGACCCAGGAUCCGAGCAGCAGCACGAGAAGAGCCCAUCCCCAGCCAUGGCCCGCCCCCGGGGUUGGGAUUCUCCCAGCUCCAUGGACAGGGGCGAGUUGGAUGUGAGCAGCCCCGCUCUGAGGAGCCGCCCCGUGACCCGGAGCAUGGGACAGGGGGACACCAUGGAAGUGCCAUCCAGUCCCGUGCGCAGGGCCAAGCGGGCACGGCUCUGCUCCUCCAGCAGCUCGGACACUUCCUUGAGGAGCUUCUUUCACCCCAGCUCUCAGCACCGUGAUUGGUGUCCCUGGGUCAGCACUGGGGAGGCAGAGGAAUCCCUGGAGGAUGCUGCAUCCCAGACAGAGAAGGAGCCUGGGAAGGCCAAGCCAGGCUGGGAAGUGGUGCUGAAGAGGCUCCUUGGCAUCCAAAAAUGUGACACAGUGCCCGAAACAGAGCCAGUGAGCCUCUCGGAGAAAUCCUGCAAGGUGUUCCGCAUUUUCCGGCAGUGGGAGAGCAUGAAUUCCUCCUGAGCACGUGGAGAGCAGCACGGGGAGAGCCCCAGAGCUCUGCGCGGCUCCUGCGGCAGCUCCGUGCCGCGGGCAGGGCACCGGGGCAGCUCCCUGCCCCUUCCCUGGCUGCUGCCUUGCUGAAGCCUUCACAAACUGCUGCUCUGUCCCUCCCUGGGGGCUGCCACUGGAGCUGGGAUGAGCUCUUGGGCCUGUGGGGUGACAAAGGGGACGCUGUCACCUCUCCCGGUGGCCGUGGCGCCGGCAGCGCACGGAAGUGACGCCAGGUGGGAAUAAACAUUUCAUUUUUGUUGUU